AUACAUUGUAGAAUAUCAGAUCAGCUUCUCUUCCUUGUGCCAGAUUGCUAUGAGUGAGUAGAAGUGUGCGAACAGUGGGAAUUUAAAUCCAAUCAUUGAUGAAGAUUUGAAGCAACUGAUUGAUAUGGUUAAUUGUGAGGACUUAAAGGCAAUGAAGGACGAAGGAUUUCAGCCAUGUAAUGGUGUCAAUGACAAGGAGUUGAAGCCAUUGAAAGAUGUGGAUUCUAAGCCAAAGGUGGAUGUCCUUGAAUCUGGCUGUGGAGGAACUGAAGCUGGUUAAGGAUAUUGUCAUAUUGGUAAUAUUACAAUUACAAUAUCACGUAAAACCAUAACGUUUUAAGGUAUAGGUUUAACUUCACUUUGUUAAGUCUAUACCCAUUGAGAAUUUUAUGAAUCUUUUGCUGUUCUUUAAUGAACCAAAUGAAUUUCU